UUACAUCCAGGACAAUUUAUUUCAUCUAUGUGGACGAAAGAAUGGAAAACAUUAUUACUCAGACAGUGGCGAAGUCAACGAAAUUUACAUACCAGAAUUAUCUCUGAGAUAAUGCCAACUAAAGAAAGUACAUUACCAACACAACCGAAAGUUAUACUCAAAGCUGUCUCACCUUUACCAACUUACAUUCAAGCUUGGAUUCAUGAUUUUGAGACAAAUACACCAUUAGGAAUAAUAAAUUUGGAUCGAAAAAUUUUUGGAUCACCAAUUAGAAAAGAUUUAUUACAAAGAGUAAUUGUAUGGCAACGCGAUUGUUUAAGACAGGGAACGCAUUCUUCUAAGAACAGAAGUGAGGUAAGAGGAACUACUAGAAAAUGGGCAGCACAAAAAGGAAGAGGAAAAGCUAGAGUUGGAACCCAUCGAGCACCUCAAUUUAGAGGUGGUGGCGUUGCUCAUGGACCCAAACCGCGUUCGCAUGCUACCGAUUUACCGAGAAAAGUACAACUUUUUGGUUUACGAUCAGCACUUGCAACAAAAUUUGCACAAAAUCAACUUGUGAUUGUCGACAAUUUGAAGUUAAAAACACAUAAAACACGUGAUUUAUUGUCCAUAUUGGCGGAGACAUAUGAUGAAAUUAGAUCUUGCAUCAAGAAAUUUGCAAAGAGUCCAUGCUUUAACGGCAGAUGA